UUCUGUGGAUUUCCCUUUCUGUCGAUCCGUAAGAGCCGAGCGGUGCGGUUGUUUUGCCUGUGUGAUAAAAAAGUCGUGUCGGGAAUAUCAGAAGAUCCACAGAUUUCAAUCAAAAUGUCUAGUGAUUCCAACCGAUUGAACGGAUCUCCAAGAAAGAGAGCCCGCACUGAAGAGCAGCACAAGGUGAUGGUAGUCCUUGGAGCCCAAUGGGGAGACGAAGGCAAGGGCAAGGUGGUAGAUAUGCUUGCCACUGAUGUAGACGUCGUUUGUCGGUGCCAGGGUGGAAACAAUGCCGGACACACAGUAGUGAUAGACGGUGUCGAAUAUGAUUUCCAUCUCUUGCCUAGUGGAAUCAUACACAGGAAGUGCAAAUCCGUUAUCGGAAACGGCGUUGUCAUUCAUCUUCCAGGAAUGUUCGAUGAAAUCGAAAAAAAUGAAAAAAAGGGCUUGACGGAUUGGCGUGAUCGAUUGAUAAUAUCCGACAGAGCUCACCUGGUUUUUGAUUUCCAUCAGCAGGUUGACGGACUGCAAGAACAGGAGAACAGCCAGAAAGGUCAGGGACUUGGCACAACCAAAAAAGGAAUCGGCCCGACUUAUUCUUCCAAGGCAACAAGGAAUGGUAUCAGAAUUGGCGACCUCCUGGGCGACUUUUCCCAGUUUCAAAAGAAGUUCCAAGACUUGGCCAAUCUCCACGAGAGGAUGUUUCCGUCUUUGAAGGUGGAUAUAGAAGCAGAGCUGAAGCGUUACAAAGAGUAUGCUGAGAAAAUCAGGCCUCAAGUUAAGGAUACUGUUUCAUUCCUCGACAAGGCAAUUCGUUCUGGUAAAAAAGUAUUGGUGGAAGGUGCUAAUGCUGCGAUGCUGGAUAUUGAUUUCGGAACCUAUCCCUAUGUGACGUCUUCGAAUUGCAGUGUGGGAGGGGUUUGCACUGGAUUGGGCAUUUCUCCUCAUAGAAUUGGCGAUGUUGUUGGUGUUGCAAACAGUUUCAAGUAUGAAAAUACAACAAGAAUAGCAGUGGACCCAAUACCGACCCGUUUCUUACAGAGUAUUGGAGAAUUGAUGCAAAAUCGUGGUGGCGAAAUUGGUGUAACAACUAAAAGAAAACGGCGAUGCGGUUGGUUAGACAUCGUCCUGCUCCAAUACACCAAUAUGAUAAACGGUUACACUGCUCUGUGUCUAACGAAGCUGGAUAUUUUGGAUACGUUACCUGAACUGAAGCUGGCGGUUGGAUACGUUCUCAGGGGAAAGAAAAUCGAAUACUUUCCUUCGACUGCUUCAGAUUUGGCCGAAGUUGAGGUCGAGUAUCUGGUGAUGCCGGGUUGGGAGACGAGUACUGAGGAUGUGAGAAAGUUCUGUGAUUUACCAGAAAAUGCGAAGAACUACGUCAGAAAGAUCAGAGAGCUCCUUGACGUGCCAGUGAGGUGGAUUGGUGUCGGCAAAGGCAGGGAGUCUAUUAUAACUAUUGAUGUAUAGUGAUGAAAAUCGAAUGAUAGUUCUUAGUAGAAUUCUGGAAUUUUUAAUGAUGUAAAUUGAGCUGUAGGAUCGAUAGUUAUUAUCAGUCGAUAUAAUGGUUUGUGUCGGUUAUUGGGCAUUGAAUGCCGUGUCAGGUUAUAUUUUACAGAUAUGUAUAUAUUUAUUUUAUUUUACUGAAAAGUUUAGAAAAUGCCAUCAAAAAUUUGAAGGGCAAACGUGAGACAGAAUUUUGAGAUUCUUUAUUAAAGUAUCCAUUUUUUUUUUUCAUCAAUUAAGAUGUCAGGCAUACUUUGACAGCAAUUUCAUAAAAAAAAUACGAUUAAAAUGUUGAGCAGUGUGUACCAAAUCAGUCUCCCAAAAUAUAUUUAAGUCUCAAAACAGUAUUAUUUAUGUUGACUAAUGAUUGAAAAAAAUUAAAACUGAUAUUCUCACUGGUAUAUGAAGUAACAUAUGAUGCUAAGUAAGAUGAGGAACUUGUCAUGGUAAAUUUAUACAUGCAUAAAUUGAUUGACCUAUAUCCCCGACAAACCUGAUGUGUAUUAGUACCACACACUGUAUGUAUGUUUCGGGACUGCUGAUAAUUUCUUCUAAAAUUUUUCCAGAUAGGUCAAAAUCUGUCUAUGAACGAGAAAUUUAUUGGUGACCUUGACUUUGACCUUCGUGGAUGUUUGAAAGUCAUGGGAAGCCAUUUUUCCACUACUUCAAAACAGAAGAAAAUUUCACGUUCAUGUCAUAGACAUCAAAAGUCAUUUCAAUAUCAUUUGAACUUGAACAAUGAAUGAUCGGGAAUGAAAACUUUGAAAAAAUCUUGUAAAGACCAAAACAAGACAUCGCAAAUGUUUUUGAAAAAUCAUGUGAGUGAAAUGAGGCAACUUGAACAGUGCCUUCUCAGAUGUGUUUUUAAGCACUCUGAAUGAUCUUUGAGAUCAACUUGGAAUUGAAUGCAAUUGGUAUAUUGUCAAACUUGAAUUUGUCUGCUUUCUUCAUUGCCGAUGCCAAAAAAUGAUUUAUAUUUAAAGUGAAGCUAAUUUGCAAUCAACAUUGAGGGUCAUCAAAAGAAAGAACUUUACUCCACGAAUAAUUGUGACUAUCUCAAAAAAUAUACUACCAGAGGAAAUAUUCAGCAGUCUCAAACUUUUUUGGAGCCCCGGCAUGUUGAAGAUUAUAAUUUCUCGAUAAGUAUUGAUUAGUUCAAGGAUUCAAUUUGAAUGAAAUUGUGAUGAAUGCUACUUAAUUUAAAAUGGGUCUGUUGAACUCAACUUGCAGUCAGAAGGAAACAACAUUAUUUCUUGGAAAUGGUUCAGUCAAACUGGAUAGAAACCACUUGAAUUUUCGUUAUCAACUCCUAUUCAAGACUGCUUCAAAAGAUACAGUUAAGAGAUGAGUUGAAAAAUAUAUGGUCUUGAGGAUGACUGGGAAAGUUUGAAAUGUUGGCAAAGAACUAUCAGAAGAUGUAUUUAUAUAAAUUUUUUCAAAAGAUGUAAUAUUUCAUGAAGUUAAAUUUAUUGUUAUGUUUCAGCAAAUUUUUAUUGUAAUCUCCAAAGUUUCCAUCCAUUUUGAUCGUUUGUUGUGAAAAAAAGUUCAAUUUUAGACUCAUUUGUUUACGUUGGGUUAUGGAAUAAUAGGAGAUAGAGUAGAUUGUUGUUUUUGUUAGUUAUUGUAAGAAAACAUCGGUAUUCAGUGAAAAGACAGUUCAACAGAAAAAGUAUUAAAUUAUCAAGCAAUUAUUUGUUGUGAACAUUGAAAUUGAGCCGCAAUUGAAAAGUGCAAAACAUAACCACAAAUUUGAGUAAUUCUGCUAAUAAGUGUGUCGAAAUCGGUUCCUACUAGCAUUUUGAAUUGUACUUAGUGCCUCUGAAAACGAUACACUACUUAUUAACGAGCACAAAUUUAUGCAAUAACGAUUUUGUUGAAUGUUUAUUUGAAAUUUGUUAUGUUUUUAAAUCUUUUUCUUGUGAAUAUUUUAAAUAUACAUUAUACCAAAUAUCUACUUCA